CUAAUGGCAACACAGUACAGUCUAUCCCUGUGAGAGAGGUAAGUGAAAAGAAAAAAGAGAGAGAUGGCCAAGUGUUUUAUGAUUCUUGCACUUACUUUUGCAGUCAUUCACUGCAGUACGGCAGCAAGGAAUGUGCCUGCUGGCACUGGUCUUGAUGACCAAAAGAACUUCAUUGCAUUUGGUGGUGUUGGUGGCUUUGCAGGAACCGGUCUUAGAGGUGGAGGUGGAGUUGGUGGUGGCCUUGGCGGCCUUGGGGGCGGAAUUGGUGGACUUGGCGGACUUGGUGAUUCCCCUGGUUUAGGCGGCCUGGGCGGUGCCACUGGAGGUCUUGGAGGUUUAGGGGGUGGAAUUGGUGGUCUUGGCAGUGGUAUUGGUGGAAGUGGUGAUUGCCCCGAAGGUGGUGCGGGUUCCUUGCUUCAUCCUUGAGUUAUCUAAGGAUCUUAUAUCAGUCAUAUAUUUUAUAUUUAUAUGUCUAGCAAGCAAUCGUCGUGUAAUAUUUAAUUUAGAGAUCGUACUAAUCGUUUUCGUUUUGCUAUAUAAUUUAGAGAUGGAUAAAUUAAUUUAAUUAAUAUGUUCUAAGUAUGAAAUAGAAUAAUUAAACUUUGUAAUAUUUCUUUCAUUUCUAUAAGUUUAUCUGGUUAAUUUGUUUUAAA